AUGUCACAACCCCGUGGGACAAGUAGCCGCCUCUUGGCUCUGACUAUCGAGCAACAACAGCAGCCCGAAGAUAUCCCUGCCCACCCAACUGCUUCACCAAAAGACAAACGUCGAAAGAAACUAUCAACAUCAUCGAAUGAUACUACUGCAGAGUUCAAUUCUACGUCUUCUCGACGCCGUUCAGGUACCACUAAGACACUCACUACCGGUUCCGACGCCGGUUCUUCCCGCACUGCGCGACGGUCGACUGCAAGCCCAAACAAUACCUCGACUAUGUCUACAGUCAACUACACCAAGACAGGGCGUGUCAGUAAGGCGAAGAAGGGUCUCAAAGUACACAACUGCGAAUGUGGACGUUCAUAUACCCGUGCAGAACAUCUGAGGCGUCAUCAACGGAACCAUGCCCAGGAGGGUGCUAUGGUCUGCAAGUACCCCAAUUGUGGCAAAAGCUUCUAUCGGUCUGACCUUUUACAACGACACGAGGAGCGACAUAACGAGCUUGGCAAUGUUUCCCGCCAGCCAUCUGUCUCCAGUACCGAAUACUCCCCCAAUGCAUCGCCUAUGACUGCACCCGCGUCACUGCCUAUGAUUCCUGCCAGUACACUCCCGCCUGAUGUACUAUACCCUCAACAGCAGGUGGUAUCACCUCAGCCAGAGGUCACACCGUUUCCAAGGUACAAUCCAAGUUUGUUUCGUACUCCUCAGCUUCCUCGUACUCCGAAGAGCGCUCCUUCCAAUCUCAACAAUCAUGUCUUUCAAUCCAAUCCAAACUUCAAGACUCCUCCGAACAACCUGAAACAUCACAACUUGGCGUACCCGACUCGGCACUCCAUAUCCGAUCCAGUACUGGUCGAUGGUAUGGUUACAAGUGGAGCAUGGCAUGACUCGUUUGCACAAUCGCCAUAUUCUUGCUCAAGUGGCUAUGCUUCCCCAGCUCCUGUCCCUGAAUAUGGUCAUAUGUAUGCAACCCCACCAUACGGCUCAGGCGUAGUCCGAACCCGCGCAUCCUCAAAUGCCUCGUUCAUUGAGCAGACUUGGGCACAUGCCUCGCAGUCGCCUACGUCAUCCAUUUCAAUGCCCUACCCUUCUUGGCCGUCCGACGAAAAGAACACCACUGUAUCGAGUUUUGCCUACACACCAGUGUCGUAUCCUACAGCCAAUAUGCCGAUGCAUGCCAGUAUUGGUGCGAUGGCACACUACGGAAACUACGACCCACAGAAUGUGGUCCAGAUGGAAAAUGAGGAAGGAGCACAGCUCUUUCCUGGAGAACACUACGGUAUGAGCCAAAUCACAUGCACGUAUCCGUUUGAGCAACAUCUGAACAAUUAUUGGAGGCUCUUUCAUCCCACUUUCCCCGUCGUCCAUCGAUUCACCUUCGCCAGCCUAGAGCCAUCACACAUGCUCUUCGACGCGAUGAUUGCCAUUGGAGCACACUACAGCAACGAUAUCGAUUACGCAAGGAAGCUUCACGAUCGUUGCAUGGAGUUGCUCGAUAAGAUUAUUGGACCUGACAUGAUCGGAUGCGACCGACUUUGUGAUUAUCAAGCCAUCUUCCUCGUUGAAGUCUUUGCUCAGUACUUUUCUCGUCGCUGCGCAAGAACAUUCUCGACGCGGUUCUUGGCCAUGUAUGAGAAGUUGGCGAGGAUUCCCAGUACUGACCCGUCUGCGAUCACGGACCCUGUGCUUCACGCUUCUACACACGAAGACAAUGUCCAGAACCGAUGGCUACAUUGGGUCAAGCUAUCUGUGAAACAGCGCUUACUCAUAUCGUGCUACCUCUUGGAGUACAGACAAUCCACGCUUCUUGCACCCGAUCACAAACGGCUUAUGAGCCAAACACUAGGAAACAAUCUUCCUUUCCCAUCACACAAGUCUCUCUGGGACGCAAGAGAUCCUUACCAAUGGUCCAACGUUGCUCAGGAGUAUUCACUCAUGCCUAGACGCGUCUCCGAAGCCAUUGACGACCACAUGGUCGGAUAUUAUGACCCUUUCCAGUCAUCGGUUCUGAUCGCAGCGCACUAUAAUCCUUUUAGCAACUCGACACUUCACUUGAGCGGCGGCAUCGACUCCCUUAUUCACGACGACGAAACAACACGUCAUCAGCUGUUGACCGCAAAGCUUACGCAACUGGUCCCGGUGCGCGCUCUGUUAGCCGUGUCGGGUGAGACGUGGGUACUUGGCACGAAAGUGACAUCGCAACCAGAGUUCUUCGCGCUGAAGUCUACGCUCCAAGCGUGGGCGAGCGAAUUGUGGUCUACGCACACUGAAUCUCUGCUAUUGACUGCAGAAGCAUUCAAGAUAUCCGUUACCAUCCUCCGGUUGUCUCUCGAGGCAUCCAAACCUUUUGUACUUGAUAUGGGUAACGAGCUGGGCCUCCUCGUUGCAGCUCUCGUGUUGUGGGCAGCUACUGCUGCUGCAACCACACGGAUCAUGGCAAAUGAACAGUCACCGCAACUCAGUGCGGUUUCCAUGGGGCACCCAACAUCUGGCUCAGUCGCAACAACACACUCGACAUACCCGAAAUCCAUGAUCCAAGUCAUAGGGCUCCGCCAACAGACCCCACAAGCGCUAGUCACCUCCUCUAGCCGAAGAUCCUCUGUGCCGCACUGGGAGAUCAAGGCCAAUAUUUCGCACUUUCUGGAUACUGCCCUCGACGACAUCGAGUUCUUCAAUGUUGAUGUUGAAGCUUGCCAAACUUGCUGUACUAGCCUCCUUCUAUGGUUAAAGAUGCGUCUUCGUGGCGGAUCUUUGAACAACGACGGCCAUACUGCCGUCGGCAUGACCUCUGGCGCCAGUGCUCAAUCAGCGCUUGUCAUGACUAUUCUUGACCAUAUUGAUAAGAUGCUCAAGCAUGGGUGGGAAGGCUGGGGCAUCUGA